UCGGUUCCGGGCCGCCCGGGUGUGUGCCCAGGCCUGCACAGCUGCCUGGGCCAUGUCGGCGCCGCCCGCCCUGCAGAUUCGGGAGGCGAACGCGCACCUGGCAGCCGUGCACCGGCGCGCCGCGGAGCUGGAGGCGCGGCUGGACGCGGCGGAGCGCACGGUGCACGCCCAGGCCGAGCGCCUCGCUCUCCACGACCAGCACCUGCGCGCCGCCCUGGACGAGCUGGGCCGCGCCAAAGACCGCGAGAUUGCCACACUUCAGGAGCAGCUGAUGACAUCGGAGGCCACUGUCCACAGCCUGCAGGCCGCCGUGCACCAGAGGGAUGAACUCAUUAGGCAGUUGCAGCGCCGGGCUGAGCUGCUGCAGGACAUCUGUCGCCGCCGGCCACCCCUGGCUGGGCUGCUGGCUGCCCUGGCUGAGGCUGAACGUCUGGGGCCCCUCCCGGCCACUAACCCCAGCCCCCCACCCCCCGGUGGGCCUGGUCCACCCCUUGCCAACAGCACUGGGGAAGAAGCAAACGGGGACCACCUCCAGUCUGCGGUGUUUGGGACCACAGUGUGAGCCGGGUUGCAGAUUCCGGAAUGGAGACAGAGGGCACCGCUGUCAGUGUCCUUCCGAGUCACCAGUGUCCUGAAGGUGGACCCUGUGGCAGAGCCACAGUCCUGCCUAAGCAUCAGAACAGGCGAAACAGUCAAUGGUUUCAAAUAGGCCCACAGGCCAGAUGCAGAUGUGUAACCCAGACA